AUGGGCGUCUGCUGCCCUAUCCUUCGUCCCUGGGAUCGAACGCAAGACCGAUUUCUCCUCAACCUCCCUUGUCUCUCCGAUCCUGUUCGAAGAUCUUCUCUGCUUCUGAAAUUGGCACUAGUAGUGCUCCACCUCGUCUACAUCGGAUUUCUCUUCCUUUUCGAUGCAGAAUUUAUUGAGAAAGCUAAACGAGAUCCAUGGUACAUGUCCUCUUAUUUCUUGCUCUUCUCUGCUACGCUUCUGCAGUAUUUUGUAACUUCUGGCUCUUCUCCUGGAUAUGUUAUUGAUGCAAUGAGGGAUGUUAGCGAGACGAAUGCGAUAUACAGAAACGUACCAACGACCUCAAUACAACCUGCUUCCAGAGAAAGUAGGAGUUUCGUUAUUAAUGUGGAAGGAGAAUCAGCAACAACAGGUGCAAGAAGGACUCCAACUUCAUGGCAGAAGUUGGUUCUGGACUUGUACCCUCCAGGAACAUCAGUAAGGAAUUUGACUUGCAGCUAUUGUCAUGUCGAGCAGCCUCCGCGAGCCAAGCAUUGUCAUGAUUGUGACAGAUGCGUUCUUCAGUUUGAUCAUCACUGUCUUUGGCUGGGAACAUGUAUAGGCCAGAAAAACCAUUGUAAAUUCUGGUGGUACAUCUUUGAAGAGUCAGCUCUAUGCGUCUGGACACUCAUCAUGUACAUUGACUACAUGAGUAACGUAGCAAAGCCUUGGUGGAAGAAUGCAAUUGUCAUACUACUGCUUGUCAUAUUGGUGAUCUCCUUGGUGUUUGUCCUGCUUCUAUUGCUUUUUCACAGCUACCUCAUUCUAACGAAUCAAAGCACUUAUGAACUUGUGAGACGAAGACGUAUUCCAUACAUGAGGAAUAUUCCGGAGCGAGUGCAUCCUUUUAGCAGAGGCAUAAAGAAGAAUCUAUACAACGUCUGUUGCGGCAACCAUAAUCUAGACUCACUACCGACUGCUUUUGAAAUCGAGGAUAGAUCAAGACCAUACACUUGCUUAGAUAUGUUGAAAUGUCGCUGCUGUUAA